ACCAAAUAAACAAAAAUCUUCCCAUUAAUAAUGACAGUUAAGGAUAACAACAAAUGAAAUAUAGGAAAAAUUUUCUUUGAAUCUACCACUAUAUUAAUAAUAUAGGGAGAAGGAAUAGAAGAGAUUCAAAAGUACUAUUUUGAAAACUUCAUAGUAAUAAUUGAGUCAGUCAAGAAUGAAGAUGCUCAAACCACAGGGUAAAAAUAUUUUAGAGUACAGAAUAGUUACAUAGUCUCAAACCAUCUCCUCACAGAUUACUCAUUAUUAACCCCUCAAAUUCCAGUGAAGUCUGACUCAUUCCUUCUAACCAAGAGAUCAAAGUUAUCAUCACCAAUUAUGAGACACAGUGACCCUGAGUGCCUCUGGGUGCACUGAAAAGGAAACAAUUUUUGUAAUUUUUCUGCCAGAAAAAAGAAAAAAACAUAAUCUGAAUCUAAGCACAAGGAAACUAUUAGACACACGCUAAUUGAGGUUUCGGAUUGGCCUGGGUUUCUUCCAAAGUACUACUAUCGUGGAAAGGGAAGAGAGACUCAGAACUGUUUCAGAUUAAAAGAUACUAAAGACACAUGGCAUGUAGAUCCGGGAUGGCCAAUGUCAAUUUUCCUAGUAGGCAUUACUCUGUGAAGACAUGAGGAUACAUUAGUCCACUACAGAUCCAGAAGAAGAUGAGGUGGCCCAGAAUGUAUAUCAGUUGUAUCGCUGUCCACCAUUUAGUUCUUUUGAUAUUUUUUUCUCUACCAAGACUUGCUGAUAAAGGCAGCUACAUGCUAAUCUCAUUCUGGAGGAACGUCCUUAUCUCUUGAGAGGCUGGCAUCAAAUUCUGCACAAUUUGCAGUCCACAGACAGACACACUUUGCAUAGGACUUAAAGGAUGGUACUGGAAUUGACUAAAUUGGAGCAUGAAAUGUAUAUUAGAUAGUCAUCAACAUUAAAUUUCCUGAAUCUGUCCACAGUAUCAUGGAUAUUUGAGAGAGUGUCUUUGUUUUUAAGAAUAUGUGCUAAAAAUUUGAGUGAAAGAUCAUGUUGCGAGUGGUUUAGCAAAAAAGUAUGGCAGUGUGUGUGCACAGAGAAGGUGUACACGUAAAUUUGGCAAGAUGUUAAAAAUUAGUGGAUUUAAGUGAACAGUGUACUAUUCAACUGCUCUUGCAUGUUUCUGUAGGUUUUUAAUUGUUUGAGCAAAGUUUUACAAAGAAUGAGAAAGAAGUGUUUUAGACAGAGGCAGAUACCAGCCAUGCUGUUGAUCACAGCACCUGAAUACUUUACUCAAUGAACUUGGGAAUCCGUUGAAAGUCUUGUUCCAAAUGCAGUUUGAAGCAAUCCAUCAACCCAGCUGUACUUACAUCCCAAGUCAUUGCUUCAGAGGAUGGUUAUAAUCUUUGAUCCCAGCAUUUGCCUCUCUAUCUGCAUUCAACUCUGAUUCUGGUCCUACUUCCUUUUAUUGGGGGAAUAAAUAAAUAAAUAAAAUCAUCUAAUUUGUGCUUUCUGCUGAAAAUCAGGUUUCUGAGCAGGAAAUGGAUGAAGUGAUAGCACGCAGCACUUAUCAGGAGAGCAAAGAGACCAAUUCCUCUCCUGGCUUAGGUACUCCCUUGAAGAGUCCCUCUCUUGCCAAAAAGGACUCCCUUGUUUCUGAAUCUGAACUCUCCCAGUACUUUGCCCAAGAUGUGCAGGGUCCCUUGUCAGACUUUGUGGUGACAGGCUCUGAAGACGAGGACCACCCAGGAAGUGGCUGCAGCACAUCGGAGGAUGGCAGCCUGCCUCCCAGCACCUCCAGUGAGCAGGAGAGCCCCCGGGGGUCCUGGGCUCUGCACUGCACUCACAAGGAGCCAGGGAAAGCCAGGGCCAACAGCCUUGUGUCUCUUGGAAGCCAGCGAGCCUCUGCACUCUUCCACAAGCAGGUGACAGUUGCCAGACAAGCCAGUCUCCCUGGAAGUCCGCAGGUCCUCAGGAACCCUCUCCUCCGUCAGAGGAGGGUACGCUGCUAUGAUGCCAAUGAUGCCAGCGAUGAGGAAGAGUUCGAUGGAGAAGGAGACUGCAUUUCACUCCCAGGAGCCCUCCCGGGUCCCAGCAGGCCUCUGACAGACGAUGACACUAGGCAUGUCUCCAUGGCCUCUUCCAAGGUCAUGGAUGUCAACAAGCAAGAGAGGCAACCCCCGAAGCCACUGGUCAGCAAGGCCUGCUCAGUGCCCCUGCUCAGCAGCUCAUUGGAUUUACAGGAGAAUGUCCCAGACGGGAUGGUGGACGCUCCUUCCCGGGCAGCCAGCCUGCUAGGCUCUGCAGAGGACCCCAAGAGUGGCCCUGGAGGCUUGGGGAGAAAAGAACUGUCAGGAUCGAGGAGCUCCCCCAAAUUGGAAUAUAGAGUCUAUACAGCAAGCACAGAGAAUCCUACUUCCCCUCAACAGAAGAAUGAAAAUGUGGUGUCCAGGCACAAGCCAGUGGCCAGGGUUAGCCCACACUGCAAGAGGCCCGAGGCUGAGGCCAGGCUCAGUGGCUUAGAGACUGGCAGAGUCAAUGGACCUUAUGAUCAGGACUUGCAAGCCCAGGCCACUUCCACCCAAGAGGACAUCACUGGUCAGCCAGGCGGAGUGGUGGGGAAGGAACCUCUGGAUAAGCUAACCCCUGGGGAUGGACCUGUCCCUACCGACUGUGGGCCGGCCAGUACCCCAUCCCAUGCACACGCCGGACUCAUGGGAGAGAACCUGUCUGAAACUGCAACAGAGCAGGGACGACACCCCGGGACAGGAGACAGCUCCCCAGACCUCCUCCCUUUCCUGGGGAAGAAGGAGGCCACUCAACCUGACCCCAGUAAGAUCUCCACAGUCCCAGGGCAAGUCCACUGGCCCAACCCCCCCUGCCAGCCUGCGCUGCUCCAGGUGGAGGAGCCCGAGUCCCAGGGCGGAUCUGUGGUGAGGCUCGUCCCAGAGUGCAGCAUGUCCCCGGAAUUGAAGGCACCAGCUCUUCCUAAGACUCAGGCUGUGCCUGGAGCCAGCUUGCCCCACAACAACAAGAAGGUGCCUGUCCCCAGGGGCAUAGGACCAGGUGCUGAGGGAGUGACUGCAGCCAGUGCCAGUCUGCCUCAAGACCCCCUCACAUGUCCAGAGAGGAGUCAAGGAACUCCAAAUGACCUCAGCAAGACCUCGGAAAGGACAGGAGUCCAUGCACCUGAAAGCUCCCAGGAGGUACCUGUGCUCGAGGACACAGAAUCCACAUCUGGGUGGACAUCACAGGCCAGUCCCUCCCUGCCAUCAUCCACUGACAGGGCCACAGACACAUGUGGUGGUGUCUCGGGGCACUGCUGCCCACCAGGGAGCAGAGAAAGCCCAGUGGCCAACAUCGACAGGGUCAAGGAGUCAGAGAACUCUGAAGCAAGGUCUUGGUGUCCUCAGAGAGGGGACUGCGGGGGUCACAAGGGCAGUUGUCAGGGUGGGCCAACAGCAGGAGCUGGAAGUGGCAGUUCCUGCCAGACCCAGACAGUCAUGGGGGACCAGACACCUUCCUGGAGGAAGGCCUGCACUGCAGGUCCACCCCCGCCCCCACAGUGGGCCUCCCAGCCUUCCGUUUUGGAUUCCAUUAAUCCUGACAAGCAUUUUACUGUGAACAAAAACUUUUUGAGCAACUACUCUAGAAAUUUGAGCAGUUUUCACGAAGACAGUAUCACCCUGUCGGGUUUGGGUGACAGUACCGAGCCAUCACUCUCAUCCAUGUAUGGUGAUGCUGAAGACUCGUCUUCUGACCCUGAGUCUCUCACUGAAGCCCCACGAGCUUCCACCAGGGACACCUGGUCAUCUCGUGCUCAUGGGUCUCCUCACAGGGAAGCACCUACAGAGUCGGAGGAGGAGCACAUCGAAAUCUGUUCCACAAAUGGUUGCCCCCGUCCACCCUCGGCGACUGCCCAUCCUCCUGCCCAGGCUGCACCCUGCCCAGCUUUAGCCAAAGUUCUGCCAUUAAAGCACAAUGCUCUGAGUGAAUCAGUGGACAACUCCUGUGAAAGAGCCUGCUUCUUGCCAGGAACCUCACGCACUUCGAUCCCAGACUCUUCCCAGCCAUUUUCCCUCUUGGAGAUAAGCUCUUCAGAGCCGGAAACUCGUGAGGGCAUAAACAUUGCACAGAGCCACAGGCCCUUGUGUGCAGGAGAAAACAUGGCAGUUCCCAGUGCUGGCUCAGCCAUGGAAAAUAGCCAGGUUUCUGACGUCACCAGCCUCUGUCACAACCCGCCGGUCAUGCUCAGCAGCCCUAACAUGGUGAAUGGUUUGGGACAUGAUCUGCUGGAUGACAAAACCCCAGAUAAACCAGAAACAAAUGUUAAUGCAACUGACAGUGUGUGCCCCUUCAGUGUGGACGUCCCUGAGAAUAGAGACUCUGAUUCGGUGAACUUACACAUCUCCGAAAGUCAAGACCUGGCUGACUUGCUGCAGAAACCAAAAAUGGUCUCCAGGAGGCCCAUCAUGGCAUGGUUUAAAGAGAUAAAUAAAAAUAACCAAGGUACACAUGUGCAGGGCAAAACUGAGAAGGAACAUGCCACCAUGCCAGCCAGGAGUCCUGACUCCAAAAUUCAAAUACUGAGCUCAAGCCACAAAAGGGGGACUGCUGUGCCUAACAGCCCUUCUGCACCAAAACUGAAUCUUGAAAAUAAAGACUCAUCUAAAAAGUGUUCAGUAGAAACACUUUUAAGUAACAGUCAGAAACCCAAGUGUGGCCCUAAGCUGAAGAGACUCAGCAUCAAAAGCAAAAGCAAGGAGGCCCCUGCUGUAAAUUCUUCCAAAGCUGGUGCAGUGGAUCACAGGAAAUCCUUAAUUUCACCCCAGACCUCCCACAAAAUGCUCUCAAAGGGAGCAUCCCACAGGUUCCAUGGAGCUGACCGUGAGGAACUUGACAGCAACACCAUAGACAUCUCCACGUCUUCCCAGUGUGUGCCAGACAGCAAGCCACCCCUGGCAGCCUCCAGGUUACUGAAGGCCUCUGCAUCAGACACAAGCAUCAGAACAUUCAUUUCGCCUCUGCCCUCCCCUAAGACUCUCCCUGAGCAAAGUGUGUAUAGUAGGUUCCACGUGGCUGUCCACUCAGAAUCUGACAGAGGUUGCCCACCCACCACCAAGUCCCCCAGGUGUGGACCAGAGGGCAAGGUGCCCCAUGCUGACUCUGGGCCUGGGAGUCCCACCGCCUCAAGAAGCGGUGUGGCCUCAGCGGGGAUCAGACAGAGCGAGCAGCGCAGGCCCAGCCAAGUGGAAAAAGGAAGCACAAAAAUUGUUAGUGAUCCCCUUGAAAGAACAAACCAGCUGAAAAUAGUUGAGAUUUCUUCUGAAAGAAUGCCAAAGAAUGUGUGUGGUGACAAAUCAGCUGAAAGUGACACACAAGAAGGGUUCUUGGCCCAGAGCAACUGUCAGGAGAAGAGUGAAAUCAGUCUCCACCAGUCAGUGGAACUGUGCUCCAAUUACCCAUCCUCACUUGUGUCUCCUGCCUCCCAGGCCGAGCAGGAAAUGCGACAAUCGGUCAGCUUGGCCAAAUUGGCUUCUUCAGCUUCCUCCCCACAACUGCCUGCUAAAAAGGCAGACUGCUCCCAGCGGAGAUCAAACCAGAUGUCAGACUCACUAGGGGUGUCCAAGAAUGGCACGGCAAUGGACCCCAUGGGGGAGGAGCAUCCCUACUUCACACCAAGGCCAGCCACAAGGACAUACUCUAUGCCGGCCCAGUUCUCAAGCCACUUUGGACGGGAGAAUCAUUUGCCACACAGCCCAGGUCGCUCAUCUCGGGACAGCCAAGUCCCUGUGACAAGCGGUGGUCUCCCUGAGACAAAGGCACCAAAAGGUCAUAGUCUUGGCCUGGCUAAUGGACAGGGUUUAUAUAGUGUGAAGCCUCUGCUGGAAACAUCAAGGAAUUUCCCAAAAACCAACCAAGGGGAUGUCACUGCAGCCCCUGAUACGGGCUGCCUCAUCACAGACAAAAUCAAAGUCACCAGAAGACAUCACUACUAUGAGCAGAAUUGGCCCCAUGAAUCUACCUCAUUUUUCUCUGUGAAACAGAGGAUCAAGUCUUUUGAGAACCUGGCCAAUUCUGAUCGGCCCACGGUCAAGUCUGGGGCAUCCCCAUUUUUGUCAGUAAGCUCUGCUAAGCCUCCCAUUAGCAGACGGUCAUCUGGCAGCAUUACUUCAGGGAACCUCUGCCACCCCAGUGACGCAGCAGCAAGGUCACUGAGGCGCAGCUUGAGUUCCUGCAGUGAAAGCCAAAGUGAAGCCAGUGCUCUCCUCCCACAAAUGACCAAGUCCCCAUCUGGCAUGACACUGAUUGUCUCCCAGGAGCACCCGCAAGAGACCGGUAAAAAGAGCCCCGAUUCAGACUCAAAGAAAUCACUUGUUCCUUUGGGAACUCCCACCCCAACAGUGACUCCGGCCUCGCCUGUCAAGAGGAACAAGUCCUCAGUACGCCAUGCCCAGCCCUCACCUGUGUCCCGCUCCAAGCUGCAAGAACUGAGAGCACUGAGCAUGCCGGACCUGGACAAGCUCUGUGGUGGAGAGGACUACUCAGCAGGACCCACUGCUGUGCUCUUCAGAACCCAGCUAGAGAUCGUCCCCAGAAGGUCGCUGGGCUCACAGGUGGGGAACCAGGGUGGAGGCCUUCGAGGCCCUGAUGGAUCAGCAGCCCUUUUGAAUCCCAGGAAGGGUGAGACCAGGGCCUGUCCAGGAGGAAGUAGCCCUACAGCUAGUGAGUCCUCUGCGUUCCCUGCAGCCAGCGAAGGGGGUGAACCCGCCCAGGACCUGCCUUCUGCAAAAAGCUGGUCAGUUAGUUUGGAUCAACUUCUUGACUCAGCGGGGGACCAGCAGAGAUUACAGGCAGUUUUAUCAUCAGUGGGGUCAAAAUCUACGAUUCUAAGUCUUAUUCAGGAAGCAAAAACACAAUCAGAGAAUAAAGAAGAUAUUCUCUUCAUAGUCUUGAAUAAAAAAGAAGGCUCAGGUCUGGGAUUCAGUGUGGAAGGAGGAACAGAUGUGGAGCUGAAAUCAAUCAUAGUUCACAGGGUGUUUUCUCAGGGAGCAGCUUCUCAGGAAGGGACUGUGAGCCAAGGGGACUUCCUUGUCUCUGUCAAUGGUGCUUCGUUGGCCGGCUUAGCCCACGGAGAUGUCAUGAAGGUUCUGCAUCAGGCCCAGUUGCACAAAUGUGCUCUGGUGAUCAUCAAGAAAGGGAAUGACCAGCCCAGGGCUUCCACCUGGCAGGAGCCUCCCAUGGCCAAUGGAAAGGGUUUACUACCCAGAAAGACCAUGGAGCCUGAAGCUGGUAAGACUGAAGCUGCCAUCUUGGCAGUCACACUGAUCCCCAAAGACGGGUUUUUGGAAGUAGUGGAACUACAAGAGACUUAA